AGGGCCGACUGAUCCAACGACGACUGACGUCCUCCAGUCUGGUGCGACUGCGACUGCGACUGCGACUGCGACGACGCAAUCCUUCCAUUCUUUCCUUCUCACCAUCACUCACGUUCACGCCCGCCAUGUCACUUCUGCGAGCCGCAUCAUCGUCAUCACCGGCAGCAACUCGCUCCGUGUCGCUGCGCCAGACCCUCGCAGCUGCCUCGGCGGCUUCGUCAGCGAGGAGCUUCAGCUCAAGUCGACCUGUGGGAGCUCACAAGGAGGUCAAGUUCUCCAAUGACGGACGUCAGGCUAUGCUUGCUGGUGUCAACCUUCUCGCAAACGCCGUCUCGGUCACUCUUGGACCCAAGGGACGCAACGUCAUCAUCGAGCAGGCCUUCGGUGGACCCAAGAUUACCAAGGACGGUGUUACUGUAGCCAAGGCUAUCACUCUCAAGGACAAGUUUGAGAAUCUCGGUGCUCGCCUCGUCCAGGACGUUGCCAACAAGUCCAACGAGACGGCUGGUGAUGGUACCACGACGGCUACGGUCCUCGCCCGCGCCAUCUUCGCAGAGGGCGUCAAGAACGUCGCUGCGGGAUGCAACCCCAUGGACCUGCGCAGGGGAACUCAGGCCGCAGCUGAAGCCGUCAUCGCCUUCCUCGAGGCCAACAAGAAGCCCGUAACCACGUCCGACGAGAUUGCCCAGGUCGCCACCAUCUCGGCCAACAGCGACAAGCACGUUGGUGAGCUCAUUGCCACUGCCAUGGAGAAGGUUGGCAAGGAGGGCGUCAUCACCGUCAAGGAAGGCCGCACUCUCGAGGACGAGAUCGAGAUCACUGAGGGCAUGCGAUUCGACCGCGGCUACAUCUCGCCCUACUUCAUCACUGACGUCAAGACUCAGAAAUGCGAGUUCGAGAACCCUCUCAUCCUCCUCUCCGAGAAGAAGAUCUCUGCUCUCCAGGAUAUCCUUCCUUCGCUUGAGGCCGCAGCUCAGGGCCGCCGCCCCCUGCUGAUCAUUGCCGAGGACAUCGACGGUGAGGCCCUCGCCGCCUGCAUCCUCAACAAGCUGCGUGGCCAGCUGCAGGUCUGCGCCGUCAAGGCCCCCGGCUUCGGUGACAACCGCAAGUCCAUCCUGGGCGACCUCGCCAUCCUCACUGGUGGCCAGGUCUUCUCCGACGAGCUCGAGACGAAGCUCGAGCAGGCCACCCCUGACCUCCUCGGCAGCACCGGGUCCGUCACCAUCACCAAGGAGGACACCAUCUUCCUCAAUGGCAACGGCGACAAGGACUCGCUCCAGGCCCGCUGCGAGCAGAUUCGCUCGGCCAUCAACGACAACACUACCUCCGAGUACGAUCGCACCAAGCUCCAAGAGCGCCUCGCUAAGCUCUCGGGUGGUGUAGCCGUCAUCAAGGUCGGUGGCAGCUCCGAGGUCGAGGUCGGAGAGAAGAAGGACCGCUACGAUGACGCUCUCUGCGCUACCCGCGCUGCUGUCGAGGAAGGCAUCGUCCCCGGUGGUGGUGUCGCCCUUCUCAAGGCGACGGCUGCCCUCGACUCGGUCAAGACGGCCAACUUUGACCAGCAGCUCGGUGUCUCUAUCCUCCGUGCCGCUCUCACCCGCCCUGCCCGCACCAUUGUCGAGAACGCAGGUGAGGAGGGCUCCGUCGUCGUCGGCAGGCUGCUCGAGAGCACCAACGACUUUGCCUACGGAUAUGAUGCCAGCGUGGGCCAAUACACCAAUAUGAUCGACGCCGGUAUCCUCGACCCGCUCAAGGUCGUGCGAUCCAGCUUGACCUCGGCCAUCUCCGUCUCGUCGCUCCUGACCACGUCCGAAGCGUGCGUCGUUGAGGCGCCGGAGGAGAAGGGCCCUGGCGGACCUGGCGGCAUGGGUGGAAUGGGUGGAAUGGGUGGGAUGGGCGGGAUGGGGGGAAUGAUGUAAAGAAGCGGCGAUAGCACACCAGCAAAUGAUCCGUUCUCUUUCAACAUCAUCACCAUCUUCUUCAUCUCCAGCAUCUCAGCGCCAGUGGCUCUGUCCCUCCCUUCGUUCCCUUCACCCGGCGCAUCUUUAUCACGCACACAUUCCCCGGUUCUUUCUUAGUGUCAUCAGCAAUUGUAUGGGGGAAAGCAGAACAGGAGGGGAAGGAGAGAGGAAGUGUGGGGUAGUCAGGGUGGAUGAAGGAUUCGUAUCAGGUACACACCACUCCAUAAUGCAUCAGCGUCGACAGCAGC